UGUUAAAUUGGUUAUUCCAAAAACUGGACUAGCUCACUCGCAGGGAACAAGAAUACACAACCAGAGCAGACGGGCGAUCUAUUUCGGGCAGCCACUGCCACACCGUACACUCGUUUUGAUCGAAUAGUCGAUACUUCUUUGUCUCGAGAAAAACACAUCGCACGAUACCUAUAUUAGAGUCAUGCAUCCUUGAUUAGCACGCGACUUGUUUAUAAGUAUCCCAAAAUGGGAAACGCGUUCAGUACUUAUUCGGCAAGGGAAGGCGCCACAGACGUCAUUAGUGAAAGUGAAACAAUGAGCGACAGUAAUACACCUUUUGAAGACGCCCAGGAGUUCCAUGACACCAUCCAUGAUGACGAAGCGCGUGUCAAGGCCAAAGAAGAAGAAAUGGACGAGUUUAGGAAACAACUAAGCUUGAAACGGGAACAAAGAAAGUUAAUCCUGGCACGGCAUAGAGCAGAAAAGGAGCAGCUAGAAACAUCUUUAGAAGAUGCCAAUAAGGCUAAAUUAGGCUUACAAGAAAACAAUAGAAUGCUAAGAGAUUUGUUGACUGCUAAUAAUAUAGAAAUUCCAGAAAACUUGAAGGCUUCUGAUGAAUUAUCAGAACUCAGUGGAGCUAUAGCAAGUAUGGCAGAAGAAUUUGAAGCACUCAAGUCUAGCAAUAACAAGCUAAGACGAGAUCUUGCAGAUUCAAAUAUUUCUCUGCAGCAUGCUUAUUCAGAAAUAGCUGAUCUAAACGCUCAGAACACGGAGUCUAUCAAGCAUAUAAACGCACUGAAAGAAGUGAUUUCAGUCAGUAAAACUAUGAUCAAUCUCCGAGAACAACAGCUGAAUGAGUUGAAAGAUAAACUACGUGAAAUAGAACAGAGUCUGGCAGACAGAGAAGCAAAUAUGUUGUCUGCAGAUCUUAGACAGGAGUAUGAGAGACAAUUGCAAAACAUUAGAACGCUUCGUGGAUUAUAUGAAGAACGUGCUCGAUUGGCUGAAGUAACUAGACAAGGUCUGGCGCGUGAGCUUGAGGAACAAAAGGAACUCAAACAAGCUGAGACUAAUAAAAACGCAGAACUUACAACUAAAGUAACCGAACUCGAAACAACAGUCACGAAUCUAGAAGAGACCAUUGAAAAUAAGAUGGAACAAAUAUCUUCAUAUCAAGAUGAGACUCGCCGAUUGCAGGAAGAAAUGUCUGCUGUUAACAAGCUUUUCUCCCAAGUCCUUCUUGGUUAUAAAACUAAACAAGAUUUAGACAAAUUAGUCGUUCGUCUUGAAGAAAACCACGGUCUUUUGACGCAUAUGGCUGAAAGAGAUAAUGGGUCAGAGGCUUCCUCGGCUCUUCCCAAACUGUUAUUGGAGAUUGUUAGUCAAGUGGAUGAAGGCGAGGCAAUGCACAAAUUUGAAGAGGGUACUAGUAGUAUCCCAAUCGAAAAGUCAAACGAAGUCGUCAAGACGGAAGAGUCAGAAUCACAAAAUCCUAAUACAUCAGCUGAAGAAAUAGUUCAGAAUCUGCCCAAAGUAUGGAGAGUUCUUAUGGAGCUUCUAAGUCAUCAAAGUGAAUCCGAAUCUGGGACUUCCGAGAAAGUUGAGACUUGCUAUAAAACAGUUGAAACUAAAGCUGGCUCAGUGUUAGUGCCAAGUGUUAGCCAGACAUACAUCCGAUUAAAGGAUUUAAUCGUCGAAAAGUUGUCACUCAUCAAAGAAGUAAACCGCAUGAAACAACUAAAUGUACAUUUGGAGACUCGCUUAGAAGAACAAGAGCGUAGAUUAUCACUCGUCACAACCGAACUAAGCAAAACCUGGCACGUUGUGGGAAAACUACGUAGACAUCACCAUCAACUACAUACUCAUGAAAAAAUACUCAAAUAUGAAUUGCAACAGAAAAGGAAACUACUUAAUGAACUUAAAGAUGAGUUAGAAUAUUGUAGAGAAAAAUGGGAACAGGCGCGCGAAAAGAACACGCAGACAGAACGUGACUGGAGAAAACUUAGAGCUGAAUUCGCUAGCAGGAAAACCAAAUCCAACUCACCGUCAUUCAACAAUUCAGGUGAAAGUGGUUAUAGUGAUGAAAGACCAUCCGAUGAUUCUUCAGAAUCAAACGACGAAAGCGAAUAUGUAACGGAACCAUUGUUGAGGUGUAAGAAGAAGAAUAAGAAGUCAGCUGAAGCCAUCUUAGACUCUAGUGCUGACUUUAAUUUAGUGGCAGAAAGAGAGGAUCCAGCUAGUGACAUGCUAGAUGUUGCUGAAUUGCCUCUAGAUACGCAGGAUGAUACUUCUGGUCUAGACGCAUCUAUAUCAGUCUCUAAUAAUAGUGAAAAUCGGUCAAAUAAUAAAGCCGCUGAUGAAACUGAAGACGAAGUUGGAGAGAUAACAAACGACUCGUGCACCGAUGAUUCUUCGGGAGUUGAACAUUAUUGUAACAGUGAUUAUUGUUGUGUAGGUACAAGCACCGAACAAGAUGCACCUAGCAACGAUAAGCAGACUAAACUCUUAAAACCGGAUGUUAAACUGACAUCAACUAUAAGUAUACCUUUAAUUGACCCCGCUGCUAUUCUUAAAAGUAUUAAAGAACAAACAGAAAGACUGGCUAAGAAAGACGAAAGAUUAAAUAAUUUAGAAAAAAAUAGUUUGUCGUUAUUAAAGAAAACACAGGCAACUGAUAAGUUGUCUAAACAAAUAGACAGUACAUUAGACCAUCUCUUGAAUCGUCCUUCAACCAGCCAAAACAUUGAAUCUAAACAAUUAGACAUCAUAAAAGAGGAGAGGCCUAUAACAGACACAGGUACAGAAUUUGAAAAUGUAGAUUGUAACCAAACACAAAAUAAUGACGACAAUAAAAGUGAAGGCAAUGAUAACAGUCAACAAUCACAUUUAAUUAGUGAACCGACAAAAAGUGAAAAUAUUGAAAUGACGCCUCAAUUAAUCACUAAUAAUUCAGAAAACAUAUGUGAAAACACUGUCGCCCCUUGUCAGGGUGAUACCAACAUGAAUGCUCCUUCUACUUCCUCUAAUACCAAUACUAAUAUACCAGAAAUUAACGCUGCCAGUAUACUUGAAAGUAUACGUCAACAAGACGAAAAACUAGCAAGAAGAGAUGAAAGACUUCAGAAACUAGAAGAAGGUUGUUUAGAAGUGGUUAAUAACAUAUCUAAUACUGUUAAAACGAGCGAGGACAUUAGCACAAAAUUAGAUAAACUUCACGAUACGCAUCAAAAGAAAACAGAUGAGGAAGCAGAAACAUCCGAGGAUAAAAGUGUUCCUGAACCAUCUACGUCAGCAGAAAUCGAUCAUGAAGCCAGAUUUGCUGCACGCGAUCUUCGACUCAAAAGACUUGAAGAACAAACUAAGUCUCUCGUGAAUAAGGUAAAUAAAACUAAUUCUAAAGGCGUUAAGAUACAUUACAAGUUGGAAGAGUUGCAUAAUAUCUAUGGAUCUGAAAGUUCUAGAGCAGGAACACCAUCUGACGAUACUGAGGAUACACCAACGAACAAUGAAGAAAACGCAGAACAAUAAAAGGCUUCUCCAUAUUGUUUUAGUUUUAAAACUGUAAAAAUACGAAAUAUUCAGGUACUGUAAAAUCUGGUAACUAAUCCACAACUUAAAACUAUGGUCCAAAUUCAAGUUACAGUAAAAUAUGUAUAGGUAAGUAUUUUUCAAAAUGUUGAAUAUGUAUAUAAUAUAGAAAGAGCAUUAGAGUCAGAAACCUUUUCGCAUAUCCAAAUGUCCACACCUAUCAUGGUUCAAAGUUCAAACGCACCCACGUACCGAGUAAUAGAAUUACUUAAUAACUUCAUAGCUAGAGCCCAAAACGCAGACAUAUUCGCAGACUACUGGCCGUCCUUCCUUCCGUAGUAUCAGGAUUUUUUUAAACUCUACCUAUAAUAUUUAUCAUCGGCAUAGAGGUGAGAGAAGGUGUAGCUACUUUCGAAGAAGCUCGACUUGAACACCUGGACCAAAAGCGCCUUCAACGGAAGUCUCGACCUAAGCCGUCCUACGCAUAUACUUAUAAUGAACAAGGGAAGCUUUAUUGUACACAGUGCGACCGGAUAUUUAAAACAUAGUUCGGUUUUGCGAGCCAUAUACGUGCUCAUCAGAGGAGUUUGUAAAGGUCGCCGUUGUCGGACACGACAUGGACGACUAUAUAUAUAAUAUUUAUGUUUAAUUUAAGUUCCUAGAGAUAGUUCGAAUGACACUGGCUAUGUAUUAACAGUAUAACUGUCUAGGCAUAGGUAGCUGUAAACUUAUACUUGUUUGUUUGAAAAAAGAAUAUAAUUAGUGUGUCUAAGCUCCAAAAUAAAUGUAACGAUGGACCAUAGUGUCCAUAGUUGUACUUAAGGACUAUAGUUACCUGAGUUUACUGUAUUAAAAUAUGAGCAUAUGUAACUGUUGAUAAACGGUGGACAAAUUGUGCCAGUUUAUCACAAUCGGCCAGUGAUAAUUAUAUGUUUUUCACAACAUUAAAAUAGGAAUUAGAUUUAUCGCAAAAAAUUUAUACACGGUGUUUCCUGUAACAGGAGCAAUAAAUUAAACUGGAGGCUGUACGUCUCAAACUGACCAACAUUUGUUCAGCAACUUUUUAAAAUUACUUAUGAAAUUUUUAGAUUAUACCUUUUUGAUACUAAUUAAAUAUUAUUUUCAAUGUACGUUGCCAUCUGUGUGUUUGACGUUGCUUGUCACCCUAAGAAACAUAACAAAUUUUGAAAUACAAUGCGUCUUAGAAUAAACUUUAAAGUGUAAUGAAAAUUAAAACACAAGUUAUUUUUAAAAGCUGCUGAACAAAUGUUGGUCAGUUUGAGGAGUACAGCCUACAACUUAAUUUAAUGCUCCUGUUACAGGAAACACCGGUAGAUAUUAAAUAUAAUUAAUCAAAAAGAAUAUAGCGGAAUAAAAUAUGUAUACAUGUCAAUAUCUUGCUACGACCGAAAAGAGGUCAGCCGGUCAGAGGGCCUACCGCGAAAACCGAAAUUCGCAAAUUGCGGGAUCUUUCUCUCUUACUCCAAUGAAGGCGUAAUUAGAGUGAUAGAGAAAGAUGCCCGCAAUUUGCGAACUUCGAUUAUCGCGUUUAUAGCCCAGAGAUUAGAAAUAAAUACAUUAAGUACAGAUUGAUUCUUGAGAGCUGACACUGAGCGUUUAAAAUUCUCUUGCCGGUUAAUUUUGCAAAAGUUUCAGCCGCUUAGCUAUAAAUUGACCU